AUGGACGCUCUGGCACCGUACGUCGACGUGUCAAAGACGUCCCUCUUCCUCUCCCUCGGCGCGAUCGCCUUCAACCCUACGGCUUGGAAUAUCGUCGCUCGCAAUGAGUACCAUAACAAGACGAUCACGCGUAUAUUUGGCGGUAAUGCGUAUGCGGGGACCUACUUCCUAGCCGCUUGCAUCUUCGGAUGCGGUAUUCUACGCGACCAUCUUUAUCAACGUGCAUUAUUAGAGCAGCCGAAAGUUGCCUUACUUCCUGAGCCGCUCAACACGCUUAUCCCCGUCGCGCUGUUCGGUCUCGGCCAGCUCUUCGUCGUCACCUCGACCUGGGCACUCGGAAUCACCGGAACGUUCCUGGGCGACUACUUCGGCAUCCUCAUGGAUGCGCGCGUUGAAGGUUUCCCUUUCAACGUUCUGCGGGACCCAAUGUACGUCGGAAGCACCAUGUGCUUUGCGGCUACUGCCCUCUGGUAUGAGCGGCCUGCUGGCUUGUUGAUCACCUUGUACGUGUACCUCGUGUACAUAUUGGCGCUCAAGUACGAAGGCCCGUUCACCGACAUGAUCUACUCGAACCGUGCGUCCGCACAAGCGGCAGCUUCCAAGAAGCCGUCGUCGAAAAAGGAGCUUUAA